AUGUUUAUCCAUAAUAAAAAAGUUUAGAAAAAAAAAGAAAUUUUUUUAUUCAAACGUCGUCGCAUAUUCUUUCCAUUCUUAGUUGUGUUUAACUAUACUGAAGCUAGAAUGAUCUCAACGCUAUUUCCUUUUUUACUAACAGUAAAAUUAUGUUUAUCGAUAAUAAUAAUAAUAAAACGAGAUAACUAUAGAAAUCGCUUCUGUAAUAUCAAUUAGGAAAAGGAAAAUAGCCUUUUUAAUUAACAAACGAAAAAAAAGGAAAUCCCAAAUACUGAUGGAAUUGAGAUAUCUCUAUCUCUAUAUAUAGACUUUGUUUGGCUUGCUUUGGCAAAAUUUAGAACACAAAGUAGAGAAAGAAAAAGAGCUAUACUAAGUACAAUGAUUAGUGAUAUUGAAGCCGCACAUAUACUAAUUGCUCUGAGUCGUUCAAAACCUAGAGUUGUUGUGAAGACAAUGGAGAAGGAGAAUAGAGUUCCUGUUCAAGUUCCAGUUCCAGUUCCAGUUGCAGUUCCAAAGCAGAAGAGAUCUUCUUCUCGGAAGAUGAGAAGAAGCUUUCCUAUGCAUCCUUCUUGCUCAACUGCUAUAGUGGAAUACGUGAGUCAAGAAGAUGCAUCUCCUCCCUUGCGCCGCAAGAAACGUCAUCCUCCGUUUCCUCCUAUUACAAAACAACCUAAGAAGAAGGCAAAAGUAGUAGCCGCUUCUUCGUGGGCGUCAGAGCCAACUCCUGAUUGGUUGUUGAAGUUGGUGGAGGGAGAGGAGGAUGAGCCGAUGAGGAUCAUCGAGAAGGAACUGAGUGCAACCGAUGUUAACCAUAAUCACAACCGUCUCUCCAUGCCUUGCAGCAAAAUCAUGGACUUGGAGUUUUUGAGCAUUGCGGAACAAGGGCUCAUAGAAGAAGAUGAGGGGAAGAAGCACAAGACUGGAGUUAACGCGAAACUCGUGGUUAAAUUCGUGGAUUCUGAUGAUUUAAAGAAGUUUGGUGUGAAUUUGAGGAGGUGGAAGAUGCCUAAGGAGAAAGGGAGCCCCACUUUUAUUUACAAUUUGGUCACAGGGUGGAAUAAAGUGGUCGAAGGUUGUGGUCUAGGUGAGAAUGAUAAGAUUAGACUCUGGUCUUACCACUCUGAUGGUGAACUCAGUUUUGCUCUUGUCCUCGAUACUCCUGCUCCUCUUAGCGAUCUUCUUCUUCUUCCUCCUCCGGCUAGUGAUUCAGAAGAUGCCAAUCCUGAGGAGAUGAGCUCUGCUUUAGUGAUCUAUGACAAGUCUAAUGAUGACUUGCAACCCAAGUAAUAAUGCUUGUCAUAGGUCUUAGGUUUUUUUUCUGAGAGGUCUUAGGUUUUUUUUCAGGGUGUUUGGCUUUUCUCAGACUGUUGGAAUUUUGAGAUUUUUAUUCGUGCUAGCUUCUGUAAACAUUUGAUGAUAUCAAUGAUUAAAGAAGUUUUGGCAAAGAUUUUAUUUAAUUUACUAUAUGUCUCUCA